AUGUGGUCGUACGUCCAGUAUCGUCGGAUGGGAAGAGAUGUCCGUGCUGCCGCCAAAAGAGCCCCUGAGCAAGAUACACACGAGCAAGGUGCAGAAAAGACGCUACAAGAUCCUGAGAAAAAUAACACUGCCCCGAAAUCUGACGGUCUUGCAAGCAAUGACAGCAAAGACGACCGCAUAUGGGUGACUACAGAUGGGGACGAUGACCCCUUUGAUCCCAAGAACUGGCCAUUGACCGCUCGCGCCAAGAACAUCUUCAUAUUGACACUUCUGAUCUUUGUCCAGGCAUGGGCCGGUGCGGCGGAGUCCAUGGCCAACACGGCUGCCAGCCAGGAGUUUCACGUCAGCAAGGUCGCCGAGAGCCUCUCCACCGCCAUGUAUCUCUUCGGCAUUGGUUCUGGUUCCCUCUUCGCUGGACCGUUGUCUGAAACUGUCGGCCGGAACCCUGUGUACUUGAUCUCGAGCUUCUGUUAUCUAUUGUUCGUCUUAGGCGCCGCCUUGACGCCAACGUUUGGCGGGCAGCUUGUCUGUCGAUACUUCAUUGGUCUCUUCGCCAGCGCAACACUAAGCAUCAAUGGCUCAAGCGUACGGGAUCAAUUCCGCUCUGUCAAGAGAUCGUUCGUUUUCCCGAUCAUCGCCUGGGCUAAUGUGACUGGUUUGUGA